GCAGUGACUCGACGCCAGGGGACGACGUCAGCCUGAGCGGGUGCACGCUCUCCCCUGCGCCAUGCUGGGCUGGCGGAGCGCGCGGGGCGCGCGGGGUCUGCGGGCUGUGGCGCAGGCUUGGCUGUGGGGCUCGCCGGGACGCCCCGCAGCUCUGGCGCGCGCGGCAGGGGCGCCCCGCCGCAGGAACUGGCAGUCCCCAGCAAGGCCGGCGCGGCGCCCUCUCAGCCUGUCGGCCGCCGCGGUAGUGGACUGGGCGCCCCGCCCCCUGCAGCCCUACCUGCGCCUCAUGCGGUUGGACAAGCCCAUUGGAACCUGGCUGCUGUAUCUGCCGUGUACCUGGAGCAUUGCUUUGGCAGCGGAACCAGGCUGUUUUCCAGAUUGGUACAUGCUGUCCCUCUUUGGCACUGGAGCUGUUCUGAUGCGUGGAGCAGGCUGUACUAUUAAUGACAUGUGGGACCGGGAAUACGAUAAAAAGGUUACAAGAACAGCAAAUCGCCCAAUAGCUGCUGGAGACAUCUCCACUUUUCAAUCCUUUGUUUUUCUUGGAGGACAGCUGACCUUGGCACUGGGUGUUCUUCUGUGUCUGAAUUAUUACAGUAUAGCUCUGGGAGCAGCAUCCUUACUUCUUGUCAUCACCUACCCACUAAUGAAAAGAAUUACAUACUGGCCUCAAUUAGCCUUGGGGCUGACAUUUAACUGGGGAGCAUUGCUUGGAUGGUCUGCUGUCAAGGGUUCCUGUGAUCCAGCUAUUUGCCUGCCGCUGUAUUUUUCUGGAGUUAUGUGGACACUAAUAUAUGAUACUAUUUAUGCCCAUCAGGACAAAAGUGACGAUGCUCUGAUUGGUCUAAAGUCCACAGCCCUGCGGUUCCAUGAAAACACCAAGCAGUGGCUGGGUGGCUUCAGUGUUGCUAUGCUGGGGGCGCUGAGCCUGGUGGGGGUGAGCAGUGGCCAGACUGCUCCCUACUACACUGCUCUGCUCGCCGUCGGAGCACAUCUGGCUCACCAGAUUUACACUCUAGACAUCCACAGACCAGAGGAUUGCUGGGAUAAAUUUACCUCCAACCGAACAAUAGGACUAAUAAUUUUUUUAGGAAUUGUCCUUGGGAAUUUGUGGAAAGAAAAGAAGACAGAUGACAUAAAGAAAAAUACAGAGAGUAGAAUAGAAAAUUAGUGAAUGAAGUUUAUCUAGGAACUAUUAAAACAAAUUUUUACAAAGAAAAUCCCAAAGAUGAAGAUUUAGAGCAUUCUUACCGGGAUUUUAAUUCAACUAUUUGUUAGCAGAAUUCUUCCCUGUCACAGAAACCAGGGACUUUUCAGGAGUUGAGAUAACCCUGAGUAUUUAACUUGAUGAAUUCUUCAGUCCAUUAUAAUUCUGAUUGCAGUUAUGGGAAUUGUAUGAGUUUUGGCACUUUAGGGAAAACCCGAUGUGUAUCUCACUUAAAUGAAUGUCUCAAAAUGCACUCUUUUUUUUUUUUUUUAAGGGAAAAAAUCAAAGCUGCUACGGAAGUUUGGGGCUUAUUGUUUUUUAUGGUGACCUUUACUCACUGCCCAAAACUAAUCACGGAAACUUCUAUUUUUUGUGUUUUAGGCAAAUAAAUAUUUUGGCCUAUUACAGUUACAUGUACCACCCUAACAUAUGCUUGGGAAAUCUGGUUUCUGUGUGGAGUCACAGUCACCAGAGAUUAAUUUCUAUUUUUAUCUUAAUCUAAUUAUAAUUUAUAGCAUAGUGACACAGUGCUUAAACAUUCAGUAUUUCUCCCGUUGCCCCCAUCAGAAUGUUUACAACACAGCAACCAGAGUAAUUCUCUUAAAACCUACAUAGGCCUUAUCAUUCUUCUGCCCAGAACCCUCCAAAAUCUCCUUAGGUCACUCAGUACAAGCUGAAAGGCCUGCCACCUGCCAGGCUUGCCAUGAUCUGCCCUCAUCUCUGACAGCUCUUCACACUUGGACCUGCUCCAGCUAGCCUGGCCACCUCCCUGUUCCUUAACUGGCCAGGCUCUUCCUGCCCGGGGGCCUUUGCAUUUAUUGUUCACAUUGCCUGCAGUGCUCUCCACAAAUUAUGCCUUCCACCUUCACUGGAGGUCUUUCCUUAAAUGUACCUUUUCAAGGAAGUUUUUCUUUCUAAAAUUUUAUAUACAAACACUACCCAUACCUGCUAUUCCUUUUUGUUUUUUUUUUCCGUUCAGCACUCCAAUCUAAAAUGUAUUUUGCUUGAUUUAAAUGGCUCUCACUGUCAAUGGGGUGUAGGGAGACAGAGUGCACAGGCAGUGGUCAGCAGUAAACACUGAAUGGCCUGGUGAUGAUGCAGCUCACGGAGCACUUACAUAUGUGCACCUCUGAUAAGCACAGGAAGACAUAUUUGUUUAUUCAGCAAACACUGACCCACUGAGAGUCAGGGUUUAGACUUAGCACAGUAAUAGCAGCUGUAACUCUGCUAAAGCAACAGUGAGCAAAAGAGGAAACAAAUAGGAACAUUGUAGCCUGCUUUUUUUUUUUUAUAAGGCAGAGUCUCCAGGCUAGAAUACAACCUCAAACUCCUGGGUUCAAGCCAUCUUCCUGCCUCAGCCUCCUGAGAGCUGGGACUACAGGAGCCCGCCACCACACCCAGCUAAUUUUUCUUUUUUUUUUUUUUGAGACCGAGUCUCACUUUGUCUCUCUCGGUACAGUGCCAUGGUGCCAUAUUUCAAAACAAGUUCCAACUGUUGGGCUCAGGCCAUUCUCUUGCCUCAGCCUCCUGAGUAGCUGGAACUACAGGCACCUGCCACAAUGCCCAGCUAUUUUUAGAGACAGAGUCUUGCUCUUGCUCAGGCUGUUCUCAAACCUGUGAGCUCAGGGCAAUCCACCCACCUUGGUCUCCCAGAGUGCUAGGAUUACAGGUGUGAACCACCUUUCUAUUUUCAGUAGAGACAGGGUCUUGCUCAGGCUGGUUUAUACUGAACUCAAGUGAUUUCCCUGCAUUGGACUCCCAGAGUACUAGGAUUACAGGCAUGAGCCACCGCACCCAGCUGGUACCCUACUUUUAAGGAAGUAUGAUUGACUUUGAUUUUAUUUAAUUCUCAUUCUGCAUCAGAAUAGAUAGAAUUUAAAUCUACGCUGAUUUCCGUUUUUGUACAGUUCUCACCCUAUAUUUUAAAAUCCUUAAAACAUCUUAACCCAUUAGCAUUGGUUUCCAUUAAAGGAUGGUGAAUGCAGUGUGUUGCAAUUUUAUUUCAUGUUCCUAAAUUAGUAGAUGAAAAAGUGGAGCAAAUCUUAGAAUCAGUAAAAAUCCUGCAACCUUUGUGGAUUAGGAGAAUGCAAAGUUAAUUCAUAGGUAUGUGAAUUAUACACUUGAAAUUUGCUAAGAGAAUAGACCUUAAAUACACUUGCACCUAGAAGAGGUACCCAUGUAAGGUGUGGCUG